AGGAAUGUUGUCCAUGGGGUCGCGAUGGGUCAGAUGCGACUUCACAACUAGCAACCACAACAAAUUUCUUGUAUAGCUUGAUGCCAUGAUCUUGGCUCUAGACCAAGGAGCUCAGAAUUCUGUUAAGCUUGACUCACUGCACUGAUCCUCUUCCUUCAACCCCCCUGAGUAAUCACAAACCCAUGUGAAACAGCCUGUAUGUUACAGUCAUAAGCACAGACUCUUUUGCUUGUGCCCCCACUCACCUGGUGGGUAUUUGAGGCAGAACCUUUUGGGGAACAGCAAAAGCCCCUCCCAGGAAAGGUGAGAUCAUUUCCUUCCUUGUUUUGGUUUAGGAGGGCAGUAAAUACUAUUGCCUUUUUAUGGACUUCUAGUUUGUUGCUCUUUAAUACCACUCUUAAAUUGUAUUGUAUGGUGGAGGAACAUUUUUCUCCUGUGAUUCUUUGUUUUACGUGAGCAUUGAAUGCUGUUCUUGUACAACACCCUGGGCACCUGGUUGGUGGCAUCUAAAAUUUGAUGCUUACAAUAAUGGGCCAUGGAGUAAUUCAUUCUGUAGAAGGUAUUCCUUGCUACGUGUGCAGAUACAUGAAAUUAGAACGAUGAGGUUCACUGUGUUCUGAAAAGGCUCUUGUAUUCCGAAAUGGUAUUUACUGGGUGGAAUCCAACAUUGUUCAAGUUGUGCUCUCCCUCAUUGGGACUUUCCCUGCAUUUCUGCUCCCACAGAGCUCCAGCCCAGGUCACUGGAGCAGAAUUGGCAGUCAAGGUGGAAGCCAAGGAGGGAGGGGAAAUCCAUCCUGCCGGCUGUGUUUGUUCUGUCAGUAGAGGAGCAGCUUUGAAUACAAUCAGAUGAGUGCCGUUUCAAGUUCAGUUGCUUGUUUAUUUUACCGCUUUGCUGUGAUUCCAGAUUAACAAAUGCCUGGUGAUUUUCAUGUGUCUGGAAGUGAUUCAGGAACACUGUUUUCUUCAUAAGGUAUAAAACAGCCUGAAAAUAACAGUAGGACACCACUCCUGAAAAAAGGAAGAUGCCAUCCCAAAAUGGUGCUGAGAGUAAUUCAAAUGAACUGGAGCAUUUGCCUGGACCUGAGCAAGCAAACCAAGCAGAAAACACCAGGAAGUGCAAGUGGCGACCACGUAAAGAGCACAUUUUUUGGAUCCUUGUUUGUGCCAGCCUUUUAGCUGUGAUAACAGUACUAGCAAUCAUUAACAAGUGUGACUGUCGCUCUAUUCAAGCAUGCCCACCGUCAUGGAUUGGGUAUAAGGAAAACUGCUACUAUUUUUCGAAGGCAGAAAGAAACUGGACUUCAAGCCAGAAGUUUUGCUCUUCCCAUAAUGCUUCUUUGGCUAGGAUUGAAGAGAAAGAUCAGGAUUUCGUGAUGCUUAACAAAGGCAAAGGUUCCUGCUGGAUUGGGCUCACGAGAGAUUCGGGUCAGCCCUGGAAAUGGUUGGAUGGAGGCAAUUCAACUUUGGAAGUUAUGGGUGAUGGAGGUGAUUGUGCCUAUUUCAAUGAUGAAACCAAAGCAAGCUCCGCAAGGUGCUACGUAGAACACUGUUGGAUCUGCCGCAAAUCAGCUGCAUCUACUUGUCUGCCUGUUACUUGAGAAAGGAUAUUGCAAAGGAGAGAAACUACUGCAUUUUUGCACUGUCUGUUUUCUGAAACAUAAAGCUAAUGGUCUCCUGUGGUGUUUUUCUGUGUACCAACACAGAGAACUGGGACUGACAUGGAGCCUUGGAAGCUGGAAGCUGACUGUGGUGCAGCUGCAGAACUGAAAACACUGCACAGCAGCCUUUUCUUUCUUCUUCUUUCCCUGUCUUUUAAUAUUUAUGCAAUUUUAAAUUAAUUUUAAUUCUGUUAAUGUUUUUGUCUAUUAUAGUAUUCUGUUUUAAGUUGUUUGGCUGUAAGCCACCCAAAGAGUUGGGCUAUGAGCAGUGUAGAAAUGAAUAUAUAGAUUCAAUAUAUAUAAUGAAUAUAUAUAAUGAAUA